UCCUCUCACAGCCUGGAGCCAAGACAGGGAGAGAGAGGCACCUGACCAUGGAAGACCCAAAAUACUAUUUUCUCGUUUUGCUAAAUUUAGCAGUGCCUUCUUCAUCCAUCUACUUGCCUCCAACCCCACGGCUUCCUCUCACAGCCCCACGAAUUCAACUCCAAGUUUGCAUGCAUUCUUACCAGUUUUUCUUCCAACAAAUCAAUCUUUUCUAGUCGUUGAGAAUUGCAGUUUCCCCACUAUGGCAAGACGAAUACAACCUUGUGUCAUUUUCUUCCAUCGGCGGCUUUGAUCUUUGCUGGUGUUGAUAUGAAGCAUCGAUUGAUUUGUUUGCCAUUUGAAGCACUAGUCGGCAAGAUUUGACUGCCAGGUUUCAUGUUUUUUCCUUGAUCAUUAAGUUCUGGAAUUCUCCUGAAUUAACCAAAUUACCUCUGAUACCUUGCCAGUUUUGUUUAGCUUAAUCUGCCAUGAAAUCUAUUUUCCUUUGCAGUUGCGUUAUGCAAGCUUAACUAGCAAUUAGCUUUUGAUAUUGUCCCUGCCUUGCGAAGUUCCAGAUAAAUUGUCCAAGCACAAAGGGGAAUCCCACCAUGGAAGAUGACGGCAUGGAUUUCAGUCCUCAGAAGAACAGUAACGAAUACGAUAAAGACAGCUUCGAAGACGAUGAAUUCAUCACAUUUCAAUCCGCAACCUCGAAACCAUCAGGCCAUUCGUCGCAUGUCCCCACCGACAACAAGAAUCAGAAGCCCCAAAAUAGGCCGGAUCACCAUGUCGAAAAAGCCAAUCUGAACCAUCCUGUUCAGAGGACGCCGCAAGCAUUGGAGGUGACAGGAGGAGCUUCGACGGCGGCGGCCAGCGCGAACCAUCAGAAUAAUACAGAAAGCGUGGCCGCGGCGGGCAACGGCAGCUUGGACACGAGCCGGAGCAUCCGGAGCAGCAGCUCGGAGAGCAGCAGCAGCAGCGCAGCGCCGUCGACGGCGAACGUGAAGCGGCACACGGGCGGUGACAGCCGGUGGGAGGCGAUCCAGCAGGCGACGGCCCAGGAGCUGGCCGGGCUGAACCUGGGCCACUUCCGGCUGCUGAAGCGGCUGGGGUACGGCGACAUCGGCAGCGUGUACCUGGUGGAGCUCCGUGGCUCGUCCGCCUUCUUCGCCAUGAAGGUGAUGGACAAGGCGUCCAUCAUCAGCCGCAACAAGAUGGCCCGCGCGCAGACGGAGCGCGAGAUCCUCGGCCUCCUCGACCACCCUUUCCUCCCCACGCUCUACACCCACUUCGAGACCGACAAGUUCUACUGCCUCGUCAUGGAGUACUGCAGCGGCGGCAACCUCCACUCCCUCCGCCAGAAGCAGCCCGCCAAGCAUUUCUCCGAGCAAGCCGCCAGGUUUUACACUGCGGAGAUACUGCUAGCGAUGGAGUACUUGCACAUGCUGGGGAUCGUGUACAGGGACCUGAAGCCUGAGAACGUGCUGGUGAGGGACGACGGCCACAUCAUGCUCUCCGACUUCGACUUGUCCCUACGGUGCUCCGUCUGCCCCACGCUCGUCAAAUCAUCAUCCGUGCACAACAGCAGCGGCGUUGCCGCCCCCAGAGAAGGCAGCGGCGAAGGGGGCGAAAGCGGCAGCGGCCCCAACCAGGCCACCCAACAGCAGCAGCAGCAGCAACAACAGUCGUCCUUCUUCUUCCCGCGCAUCCUGCCGCGCCGGAGCCGGAAGGCGUCCAAGAGCGACGUGGGCGCGCUGAACCCGGCGGCGGCCACGGUGGAGUUCAACGCGGAGCCCACGGAUGCGCGGUCCAUGUCCUUCGUGGGCACGCACGAGUACCUGGCGCCCGAGAUCAUCCGGGGCGAGGGCCACGGCAGCGCCGUCGACUGGUGGACGCUCGGCAUCUUCCUCUACGAGCUGCUGCACGGCACCACGCCAUUCAAGGGCGCCGGCAACCGCGCCACGCUCUGCAACGUCAUCGAGCAGCCGCUGCGGUUCCCGUCAGACUUCGGGGGAUCCUCCGGGGGCGGCGCAAGCGCCGUGGCCCGGGACCUCAUCAGGGGGCUGCUAGUUAAGGAGCCGCAGAAGAGGAUCGCCUUCACCAGGGGUGCCACGGAGAUCAAGCAGCACCCGUUUUUCGAAGGCGUCAACUGGGCGCUGGUCAGGAGCAUGGCGCCGCCGUCGGUGCCGGAGCCGGUGGACUUCCGGCAGUACGCUGCUGCUGCUACUGGCAAGGAGAAGAAAGCGCCCGAGAGCGGCGCCUCUUCGGCCAAACCGGGCACCGGCGACGCCCAGAGUGAUUUUGACUACUUCUAGAAUUUCGCCAUAAUGGCAUUUAGGCCGUGCGUUUGACUUCUCAUCAAACCUAUGAGUCGCAAAUGCUCUGAUUAAUACGAAAUCAUGUAGCGGUUCUGACGGUUUCUCUGCUUGCUGUAACGUUUUAUUUACAAAUUUAAUGUCAACGGACUACUUUUUUCUUUUGACAAA